CUUGGCACACAAAUACCCAUCUCUCUAUCCCUCGCUCGUUCUGUUGUUUUCAUUGUAUUUUUUUUAUUAAUCCCCCUAUCUCGGUUAAACCUCCAGGGCCACCGAGAGUCUAGCAUCCCUUCAACCCUUUCUUCCACCACCCAUCACCUGCUUCAUUUGUGUUUAAAGAGUGCAUCAAAUAAACAUUUAUGGGAAUUCCCUGAGAAUUUACGCCAAACUACACGGAUUACAUUUGGAAAACCUUGUGACGUGUCGUUAUUGUCUUUUUUUAUUCUUUAAUUUGACAAAAAAACAUCUUGUACGUGCUUUUCUCACAAUUAAUCACCUUUCUUUCAAUCUCUGUCAUUAUGUGUUGUCAUGCACUCGGUCUAAAUACAGUACAUGUGUAAAUCCCUCCAUCCCUUUUUGUCUCUUGCACACAAACACCCACAGUGAGAGUGAGAGAGAGAGAGAGAGAGAGAGAGGGAGUGCCAAGUUCAGUCCUGUUCAUUGGGACCCUCAGGACCACACCAAUUUAAAUCUGCCAUUCACUUACUUAAAUCAGACUCAAAUGUGUUUGAAUAUGGUACAAUUAAAAUAAACCGAUUUUUAUCCCCACAAUAUAAAUAGCUUUUUUAUUAGCCAUAGUUGUUAGUAUUUUAAACAAACACACUGCACUGGAAGGUUUGGAAGGAACCCCUGGAUGUUAUGGAUUUGCUAUUUCUGCAGACUGAACAUCGACGACCUAGUUGUGGAUUUUUUUUUUACACGAAUUCUGACUGAGAACAAUUAAUUUCGGAAGUUUUUCAUUUCAAUGACUCUAGGCGUCCCUUCGCGCGACUGUGGACGAUGAUUCAAGUUCUCCGCGGAUUUCAAAUCAAGAGUGAAACUGACGGAUAGUCGUCGGGGUUUGAAGGAGUCGUUCCUCUCUUAAAACAUCCCUCAGGGAUUCUCGCCUCUCUCCGAAGACCUGUUUCCCAUCAUCCAUCAGCGAACACAAAGACCGGGCGCAUACUGGAGCUGAAAAUACUGGAGCUUUCUCCUGAAGCCCUUUAACGUUACAACAGAUCUCACCACUCAGGAUGCAAACCGUUUCAACGGUCAGCGGUCUCAGUAAACGCAUCUAAUCGCAAACUAAUUCAAACGAGCGUGACUGAGGUGGAAGCACCCACAUUAGGCUGCUGCAAAUUAAGAUACUUGAGAAAGACAGUGGUGGUUUACAGCAGUCAUGGCAGCCAUAGCAACUGUCCCUAACUACACUCCAUCGAUAUGGGUACGGUUAUGCCAUGCCAUUCCUCGCCUGGACUUGACCCUGCAGACCCGAGACAGCGUGUUCACUCCAGACAGUUGGGAGUAUCAGCAGACUCUUCUGGUCCUAUCCAGCUUCUCUGCCAUUGCUCUCGUCCUCUCGUUACUUGUAGUUCUCUCCUUCCUUAUCCACUACUGCUGCUGCCAUCGUGGUGAGGGUGGCCGGGAUGCAGAGGAAGAAGAGGAUGACGAUGAUGCCAGCGGUGGCCAUGGAUACAGCGGCAGAAAGGGGCGGGGCAUCUGCUGUGUCACAUGGGUAUCGGUUGCAGCCGUCACAUUGUGUUGUGUUGCCAUAGGCAUCGGUUUCUACGGCAACAGUGAGGCGAACGAUGGGAUGUAUCAGUUGACCUCAUCCUUGCUUACUGCCAAUUACACACUGGCUUCCAUCGAUCUUCUGGUUUCAGACACCGUAGUCGGGCUGCAGCAGUCUGUCUCAGGGCCCUUGACCUCCAUGGAGGAAGUGUUCGGUGGGCAUAAGCCGGCACUCGUGCCCACACGCUCCUGCAGGCGUCUGUCAGAGCGGGUCGUGUCUCUCCUCUCCAACCUGACACUGGGAAGAGGUCUGAUCCCCAAUGCAGAUGGAUUUUACAGGGCAAACGGGAGUGAAAGCAUAGUGGGAGCGCUCACCCCAGCACCUCCUUCUGUAGCCCCCACUCUCAGUCCAUCUGUCAACAGCAUUCCUGCACCGUUCUCCCCUGGCUGGGCAGCAAACACACUCAUGGUGAAUGAAGACUACAGGUGGCUGUCGUACGUGCUGCUGCUUUUACUGGAUCUGAUGGUGUGUUUCUUUAUUCUUCUGGGUUUAGCCAAACAGGCCCGCUGGCUACUUAUUCUGAUGACAGUGCUGGCCUGGUUGGCUCUGUUUCUGAGUUGGGGUUCUCUCGGCCUGGAGACGGCCACAGUGGUGGCCCUGAGUGACUUUUGCUUUGACCCAAACACUUUUGUGCUCAACUCCACUCACUUCAACUCUAGGACAAACACAGAAAUCCUGGAUUAUUACCUAACCUGCAGCAGGAAAAUGAGCAGCCCUUUUCAACAGAUACUGACCCAGUCCCAGAGAGCGCUUUCCAGCAUCCACUCUCACCUUUCCAGUCUGGAGAGAGACGCCCUCCCACGCUUUCCAAAGGCAGAGAAGUCACUCAGGGAGGUGCAGCAGAUCCUCAACACCACUGAGGGCAACUUCCACCAGCUGGUCGCACUUCUCAACUGUCGAGGGCUGAACAAGGAUUAUGUGGACUCUCUGAAAGGCCUGUGCUAUGAUGGAAUGGAGGGGUUGCUCUAUCUUUCGCUGUACUCGUUUCUCUCGGCUUUGGCUUUCACAGCUAUUCUUUGCUCCCUCCCUGGAGCCUGGAGGAGUUUCCACAGUGAUUCAGAGGAAUACGAGGACUCCGACAGUGAAAGCGAGGACCCCUUCACUUCUCAUCAGGCACGUAGACAGACGGCCACGGGCUCCCAGCGAGGGGCCUUGCCCCCCUUCUAUAGUUACCAGGGGGCCGGCUGGACUCCCCCCUUUUCUAGCGCGCCUCCGUUACCGACUCCAAACGUUUCCUCCAAUGGCAACCCUGGUUAUGAGAACCUGCCUUUGAGUGACAGGCAGUCCCCACCCCCCUCUUACUCUCCCAGCAUGCUGACUGGCUACGGCAGCAGUCAAUCACACCCCAACCCGUCCCAUUCAAGAAACCUGUACUCGCACUAAUUAUUUUUCUGUACAGUAGAAAAGAAAGAUAUAGAGCAAGGUUUAGUUUUCAUAUGGAUGGACACUUUAUGAGACGAGAGACUAAUUUAAAACUCUAGAUGUUAAAUAUCUGUGUGUAACGUCAGUACCAUUGAGUCAUUUGGGUGUGACAGACAGAAAAAGCUGUGCACUUCAUUUAGUCGAUCGAUCCUAUCACUUCCUGUCCCUCUAGUGUCAUGUUGUACAUAGCUGGUGGAAACAAGAUGGUAUUGACGUUACAGUAGUGGUCUAUUUUUAAAUGUAUAACCACUUUAUUUUGGAGUUUUUAUAUUGUUACAUGUAGUCACAGAUACAUAGUGGCGAUGGCACAAUUUCUUUGUAUGAUUAUGCAGUUUUUUUUCUUCACCUUUCUUUUUUUUUUUAAAUAUUUGACAGGACCCUAUUUUAUAAGUGGCAAUUCUGUAUUACCUUGUAUACCCUCUGAUACUAUAUGAUUAUUUAUUUAUAUAAUAUAAAUAUAUGAAUAUAUAUAUUCACUGUAUAAACGUUUGAUUGUUAAUGCAUUUUGAUGAUCAGAGAAAAAAAAAAAAUCUGUAAAAUAUUGUUGAGGGCUAGUGUCUGUUUCCUCUGCUGGCUCUGAGCAAUACAACUGCGUUUUGCCAUUUGCAAUGCAGUGGCCACAAUGUAAGCAGCAAUAAUCAUCAGGAUAUCUUGCAAACACCAUUUGUGUCUGUGUGUGUCAGAGGUUCUCAUGACAUGUUCAGUAUAUACCGUAUAUAGAUAUAUAUACAUUUGAAAUUGCAUUGGUCCCUUCUCUUGGCUAUCAACCUGUUGUUAAUCCUUAAAAAAAAUGAGUUUCUAUGGUUUAAUGCUCCUUUUGAAUGGCAUCCUUUUUCACUACAGAGUCUAAUAUAAAUGAAAUAAAAAUACAGUAACAAAAGCGGAAUGUCUGAAAAUGUUUUUAUGUCUUUACAGCUGCUGAUGCAAAACACUACAAGCAUCCUGCUAAAUAAACCUAUACCUGGUUAUUACCUGCAAUAGGUGAGAAUGAUUUCCCAUAUAAAAUGUUGUUUUUAUUACUUAUUAUAUUAAAUAAUAUUAUUUAAAUUAUACAUUAAAUAUUAUUUAAACUAUUUGACCUGUCUAACCUAUUUAUGCCCAGUACUGAAUCAAUCAUUUGAAAUUUUUUUUCACAAUUACAGCUUUUACACAUAAAAUUCAGUAAAGAUUUAUGCAGAAGUGUUGUUAUUUUUAACUAAAACUAUUAUUAAUUGACAUGAAUCUGACAAAAAAACAAAAAAACAAAUUACGAAAUGUUGACUUGGCAACUGAAAAAAAAAAAAAAAAAAAGUUUAAGUACUUAAAUUAUUAAAACUAAAAGAUAAAAAACUAAAAUAUAAAGCUAAAUGUAAAUAUUAAAUAUUAUUAUUAAAAUCAUUACUAAAACGGGUGUGUGUGUAUGUGUAUAUAUGUGUGUAUGUUUUUUCCACUUCAUUUCAACAACAAUAGAUAUCUGACAGUUAUAGAGCAGUAUGGUGUCUACAGGGGCACUUGGCUCAUAAUUAGGUCUGGGGGAAAAAACAGAAUUAAAAGAAUUUAAUUAAAUCCCACAUUUAUUUCAUUUACAUUUAUUUCAUUAAUUUUGGGCACUUUUUGUGGCAUACUUGCUCAAAGUCAUCAGACCCUGCUCUGCAAUUAACAUGAUCCUUUUUGCAAAUUCAAAUAACUGAUUCCCUGACUUGAUUAAAUAUCAUUUAUAUGA